GCUUCGAUUAAUAAUACUGCUAAAGCUAGCUAGCUAGCUAGCUAGCCAUAGCUAGUUGCACUAAAGAAUCAAAGUUACUAGUAUAGUAUAGCUAGCUCUUGGACAUGCUGUUUGUCUGCCACUAAUCUAUACCAGUAAUUCCCAGGCUGAAGACUCAUCAGAGAAGAGCUGCAAAUUAAUAUGCUGUGCAAGGAGACACUGGAAUUAAUAUGGAGCAAUCCGAUUGGUGGAAGGAGUUCGAUAGAGUAUGGAGAAUCCCAAGAACAAGCUUGCUGUGACCUAGUUGGGCAUGGCCCAACCGUCCCUGACGGGAGAUUGGGUUUCAAGCGUAUCUGGAAUUUGUCUUUGCUGCAGCCCAGUAUACAUAAUGAAUAAUUCUCCAGUGGAAUUUGUAGAAAUGUAGUUAUAUAGGAGUACAUAUAGACAUGCAGCCACCUAAAAGGAAGGACUACGUAUCUGCCUCACACAAAGCCACCCACAUUCUCAACCUUCUACGCCGAUCUGCGAUCAAUGUACACAUGCAGGAGAUCAGCCAAGAGAAAAGAGCAUUCAGUCACAGAAGGCAUAUAAGAAGUUAUUCAAUUACAUGUGACUUUUUUAGGUCUGUGUACGUUAUAGAGGGCGACUGAUUCAUGAGACAAUAUUUCUGCACGGUUUCUGUCUGUUGACAGCUAGGUGUCUCUAUGAUGGUUUUAUAUACUGGACCUCCCUAUAUCAGCACAUAAUACCCAUACUAGGUAUAAUUAUUAUAGAUCCAGUCAUGUUCUACUGCUGAGUCAGCAAAAACGAAAAGCAAUUUGGCUAUUGAAGGGGCUGGAGUCGAGGCUAAGGCAUGAGACCUUUGACCUAGGUUAAUUUCUAUAAAAAAUGGCAAAUGAUCUGCUCUCUAGCUCUGUGGGGCUCCCAGUGGAGUUCAAGCGCAUGCUUUCUUGGCAGCUCUCAACACCAUCUGCGUUUCCUGUCAAGAAGCAAAAGAAAAAAAGACAAGUGGGUUCUCUUUCACACUGCAGUGACUCUGAGGAGGGAGGAGAGAGUGACUUUGAUUACGACGUUGUGGUUGUAAACAGCGACGGAGAGAAUGAGGUUUACUACUCUGCCCCAGAGUCUCCAAUGUCCAGUGGAUCUGAACAAGGCUCUCUUGCUACAGCUACAGAGGCUGCCACUAGCACCGUUGAAGACACGCCCACCAAACAAAGUAGGAGUUCGAGUAAAGGCAAAUCAAAAAAACAGAAGAAAAAACUUAGGUCCAUAAAUAGAAAGGCUGUGGCUGAAUUCUUAGGCCCAUUGUGUGACCUUGUGAGUGAAAAUAGUGUACCGGCUAUGGAUUUUGGAACUGUAAAAUUGCCCAGCCAGGCUCAAGUCCCUCGUCUUGUUGAACUCUGUCUCAUAAGGAUGAGAAAAGAUGAUGCUGAAACCACCACGUAUGUUCCGUAUCUCCUUAAAGUCCUACUUCGGAAUGACCGCUCCCAAAUCUCACAGGUGUCCAUCUUUCUACGAUGGCUAGAAAAGGAGCUUAGUACACCAUUUCUAAUGGCACAAAUUCAUGCUGACCCCAAUUCUGAUCCCGUGAUGCAUUGGGGGCUGCCGGCCAAGUUACUCGCACCAUCUGGGCUCUCAUCCAUGCAGCCAUGUGCAGAUACUGGCCUGCAUGUAUCGGUUUUUGACUUCGGGGAAUGUAACCUUUUGAACACUUUGUGGAUGAGACAGCCAUUAACAGGGCCCUUGCUUCACUUAGUAAACUUUGCCUUUCCCUUGUUUGGGAACAGAGAUCAAAGCACAAAGCCCCAGGACCUGCUCACACCUGCUCAACUAGCCACAAUUCAUUAUGUGUCCUCUUUUAUCCAAGCUAGGUACAAGAAUCUCAGUGAAGUGAUGUCUGGCAUGUUGUUGCUGUGGCCAGGAUAUGUCUACUGGGCUAGAGGACAGAUCAAGCAGGCUGUGGCUGCUUUCCAGAGUGCUGUCUCUAAGCUUGAGUGUGAUGGAGAUCCUAUUGCUCUAGGUAACCACCAAGCAGCUGUAUUGAAUGAGAUUGGUCGUAUGCUGGUUCAGUUUGGAGAGCGAGAGCUGGCUUGCAGAUUUUUCAGGGAAAGCGAGGGGCUCACCAGAUUUCAUAAAGCACCUGGAAUAGCACAAUUUCCUGUUAAUCAUCUCCUGAUUCAACCUUCUGUUCUGGCUUUAGAAGCAGCUGCUUACGAUUGUGGCCUACUCACAAGCUCAGUGGCGAGGGACGCAGCUCGACUGUGGAGAAGUGUUCUCCAGGUCUUAGAACCUCUUCCUACUUCGUUAAGCCAACAUUGGCCCCUACAGUUAGCAGCUGCUGAGUCCAGAAUGCUGGUUCACUCAGGGGAAUUGGUUGGGGUCAACCCCAGUGACCCCACUGCUCCAGGCUGUACCAAUCCAGACUUCUUCAAUAAAAAAUUUCUUGAGCAAUGUUUGGAGUUUUUGGAGCAGCUGGCAGUGAGGCAGCCACUCCUCCAAUACCAUCUGUCCAUGAUCCAUGCGUUGCUGGGACAAGGAGGCAGCUCUAAGAGAAGCUGGACACGCUUCAUGGAGGCAUUCAUUCACAUGGAGUGGCCACAUUGGAUACCUGAGAGAAAUUCGCGAUUCCACAUGUUCAACACCUCAGCUCCAUGGGAGCCACUCAUCAACCUACUGAGCACCAGUUCUCUGAAGCACGCUCCAAUGCUCAAACUACGCUGGAGGACCCGCCUGCUACACCCGCGUUACCCGUACUACUACCAAGAUCGUACUGCGUCUAUGUUAGCUGAUCACUGUUCACAAGAAAUUGGUAUCCGGCUCUCAGAGGAUGGCUACAUCACAGCAGACUGGCAUAUGGACUCCCCCCCAAUGAGAACUGUGUUGCUUGACCCAUACACUGGCCAGCUGUGUUUCCCUCGUGAGGUAUCAAAGAGACACUUUUACCGUAAUUCUCUGGAUAGUAAACUGGACAGUCCUAUCAUGAGCACAAGAGGCAAAGAUCGCUCGUUUCUUCCGUGGCCCGUUCGAGUGUUUGAAUGCCAGCACUGUGUUGUGGAGUUGACGAUGGUUUCAACCCGCGACAACCUCAACCAGUAUAGCGAAAAGUUUGGGAACCAUUCUGCAUGGCUCUGUUACUAUAGUAUCGAUGGCUCCUGCAAAAGGCUGGACUUAAGGAAAAACAUCCGAAAGAAAUUGAAAAACGUUGUUCUGCAUGAGCUUGAGAACUCACCACUCAGUGACAAAAUACCAAUUUUGGACAAGAUAGUGGAGUCAGGGAGAUUUAUAGGCCUCUCAUGUUCCGUUUUACGGAGCCAGAAAACAGGAGAAAAAACAGGGACACAUAGAAAAACUGCCAUAACUGCAAUAUCCAGGCUGCAAAUCAACACAACCCUUCUUCAGUCUGGAUCUAGUGAAGUUAAGAGGUCGUUGCCUCCUCGUUUCAAAAAAUGGUCUUGGGAAAAAAAGAAACAAACUUUCAAAGUUCUGAAUGAAACGUACGACUGUUUUAGCCUGUGUCUGCUCUCAACAGUAAUACUAGGGGAAGCCACACUUCUGCUAAAGUUCUCUGUACGUCCAGAGCUACAUGUACAGAAAGACAGAAACUGCAGUGUCCUAGUGUUUGUGAACUGCUCAGACAGUGACAGUUUUGGUGAUGUCAGGAUCCACUGUGUUCCUGACCCCAAGCACCAAUGGUAUGAACAAGUAACUCCCUCCCCCCAGCUCUAUAUCUCUCACUUCAGGCAUAUCAGAUAUGCGACAGCUCUGAGAGUGAAUCCAAAGUGCACUCUUGUCUACAUGGUCUUUGACCUCAAUGGAGAUGUGGUUGUAGAAAAGGAUCUAACCCCAAAUCUGCAUGGGCCCUUUACUUUUAGAAAAAUUCUUCGUUACUUCUGCCCUCACUUCUCAAUGGGGUCUCGUUUCUUUGGAUGGAGGGGGGUGGAUCAGAGCGGGCCUGUGGUGUACAGCUGUGACCUUACUUUGGGAAAUAUGUUGUCCUAUGAUAAUUUCCCUCCCUCAACGCUCAUUGAAGCACUGAUACCUGUUCCUGGACUAGUAUUAGUGCACACCAACAACGGAGUCCUGCUCUUGAACGCACACACAUUGGCUCCGGUCAGUAUCCUUGGGCUCAGUUCACCAGAAGAAGACGUACAGACAUUGUACCAGUUUCCUGUAUUGGAGAGUCUGUUUUCGGUACUCAAGGUGUGGGAUGUUCAGUAUGAUCCCCACACACAACCAAGUCAACCAAAACCUAAAGGUGCUGAACUUCAGAAGACACAGUUUGGAACGAUUCAGCUUUGGAGUAAGUACCUGAAACAGGGUUCCAUUCUGACUAUUGAAGGAACUGCUGGGGCACAUGAGAGCUGCAAAUUAGGGCUAGCAGUGAACAACAGAAUCUUGAUACUGCAUAUUGAAAAUGACUGCGUGAAAUGUGAGCUAGAUGUACUACUCCCUGGCAAACCAACUGAACUACUUUCGAUGGGUCCGUCUGGAUAUAUUGUGAGUACAACCAACUUUGGGGACUAUUUUCGAGAGGAGCUAUACUGGAUAUCAGUGGUUGGUCAGCUGAGAGGCGUGCUUCCAUGUCUAGGGAUAGGGCCACGCAGUUUUCUCUCUGUUAUUUUGCCAGGGCGUGAGCAUGUGAAUGGUGAUGAAGAUCAUGAUGAAGACCAUGGACUCUAUCUGUAUCUAAAUGAUGGGCAAGGAGCUAUAGUGUGUAUAUAUUUAAAGUAACGCUAGCGCGUUGUUUUAGUUUCAAUGAGUUGUAUGUAACUGCCAAAUACAGUGUUAUUUUUAAUGA